GAUAGAUAAGAGUCGCUCUGGAAGUGUUUGAGUGAUGUUUUUUGUUUGUUAUUUGUUUUAAUGUCUCAAACGAUGGCUAAUAACGAGUGGAUAUCUGGAGGCGAUUGCAAGGAAUGCCUUCACAACGAACCCAAUCACAGGAUUGCCGACAAUUACGGGUUGUGUUCAACGCAUUCAUUAGUGAAUAAUGACUUAAUAAUGGAGAAUAUCUUCAAGUGGUUAGAAAUCUCUGAACUGAUUAAAUGCUCCGAUGUUUGCCUUAAAUGGAGAAAAUCUAUGGAUGAAGUCAUCGAUUCCUACAAUCAUUAUCUGUCGAGCAAUCGAUUAAAUGAAUUCAAAUUUAUUAUUGUUUUCUCGAAACUGGAUUUCAAUCAAAUGCAAGAAUUUCUCGCUAAUCAACGCAUACCUAAUGAUUGCACUGUUGUUCACAUUAAUUGUCGAAACGAAGUGAUUGGCACUCAAGAGGUGGUGCCGAGGAGUGGACGGUCUGUGGCCGCCAAUCAUCACAUUGAAUACGAGUCCGGUUUUGAUCUACUGUCGGGAAUAUCAGCCCUUUUUAUGUCGAGAGCAAUGCCUGGUAUUGAAGUCCUUAUGUAUAGAGACUCGACAAUACUUGAUCUCAAAUUUGAUGAUCAACUCAAAUGCAUUCUUGUGUUUCACAUUCAACGAUCAAUGUAUGGACACUUCACUCGAUUAAAAACCGACAGUCAGUACUUGGAAUAUUUGGAGCAAUUAAUCGACAAUAAUAAUACGGCAGCGUUUGGUGGAGUCUCUGUUGACCGACUGGCCUCCGGCCAGACCACAGACUCCGACCGGGAUGUGAACCAACCCAUAGACUAUAUCUGUUGUCUCGCCUUUUCGGGAUAUGAAGGCAAUGUAUGCACUGGUAGUGGAGAUCCUAAACAACAAACAAAACAG